UUACGGUUAAAGGGGUCUCUGGCUGUUUGUUUGAGAGCCCUUGGUCGACAUUACUGCUGCCAGUCUACAGUACUAAUGGAAUUUCAAAUCGCCUUUUCGUUUUGAGUGCAUUGUCCAUGUCGCGUGCCGUAUUUUUGGUUGCCUAGAAACCGUUCAAACAACCCAACAGGUGCAGAGCUGAACUGUGCGCAGUUAGACAUAUGUUUAGAUUUUCAAACACGAAAGAGUGCAUCUCAUGAUGAAUAAGGAGCUAAAUGAAGAAGCCCUGCAAGACCUCUACGCUUGGAUAGAUAAAAUAAAACUCUCCAGACCUAAAAGGAAUAUCUCACGCGACUUCAGUGAUGGAGUUAUGGCUGCUGAAGUUGUGAAGCAUUUCUUCCCCAAGCUGGUGGAGCUACACAACUAUACACCUGCACACUCCACUCAACAGAAACUGACUAACUGGAACAUGCUAAACAGGAAGGUUUUCUCCAAGCUGAAUUUCCAUGUUCCAGUGGACACUUUAAAGAAGAUCACACUCAGCACCCCGGGAAGCAUUGAGCCGGUUCUGUGUGUUCUCAGAGAGAGAUUAGAGGACAAACAAGCAGGGAGAGUUUCAGACAUCACCCAGGAUUUAGAAUACUACAGCACUGUAAAUGAAAAAGCAAAAACAGAAAAUGGCCAGAGCACUUUUGAGAACUCUCACAAGACAGCCGGUCCUGUGAAAAAGACCCAGAAAUCUAACCCUCCUAUAGUGUUGGGUGAAAAUGUAGACCCAGCCUUCCGGUUGCUUUUGGAGGACAAGGAGCAGGCUCUGCUGGCUUUACAGGAGACUGUAGAGAUUUUACAGAUAAAAGUGAACAGGUUGGAGCAUCUGGUUCAUCUGAAGGACCUGCGCAUUGAGGACCUGACUAAGCACUUGGAGAGUGGAACGAGUUCAUGCAGAUUUCCUGUGAAAGGUGAAGGGAGGAAAUGUGCCACAUCGAGGAAGGCAGCGGUGAAGUCACUGUGGGCUGUGGUGGGGCAGCUUUGCUGAUUCAUUGGCAUCAGCUACUAUACAUCUGUUUCAGUACAAAGAGUCAUCAUUUAAAGCACAAUCAUGUUUGAUCUAUGACUCCAGCUGUGUACAUUUUAACUUCUCAGAAAAUGUUCACAGAGAUCUUGAGAACCUUUUUUUUUUUUUUUUUUUUUUUAAAAAUCAAGGUUAGUUUUGCAUAAGCCAGAAACAUACAGGUUUGAAAGAAGAGAAAACUUAAAAGUCAGAUUGUGUGAACACACACAGUAAGCUGAAUGAAAAAUGCUCCAUUUGUUACUAGAUCAGCAGACAUUUAAAAACAAUUGAGUCAGGGCAGGCCUGUGUCCUAUAAGGUCAGUAGGAGUACUAGCCGUUUUUUUGUCUGCUGACUAAAGUGACCAUUUCCUUCCUUUUUUCCUUCGUCACCUCAUGCCCCACUGGUUAAGUUCUAUGCAGAAAAGUCAACGCGUCAUUCGUUAUACUGGGCUAAAACCAUGGACAUUUCCUGUCUUUAGACAAAUAACUGGCUGAAGGGGUUUAUUUCCUAAGCAAACAUGGACAUAUGGGCAAUAAUAACAAGCUACAUUUUUCUUUGUGUGUGUUUUUUUUUGUUGUUUUUUUUUUUGCAUGAUCUUGCAGUUGUUUGCCAAUCCAUUACUUAUUUUCAGCUGGACUUUCCACACGUUUUUAACAAAAGGAAAUGAGCAACGCAUUACAUCACUGCAUUUAGAACACCUAGCACAACUACUUGUAAGGGGUUUUUGUUGUUUCUACGUAACAUGCUUGUUUCAGUGACGGCAACAAAAAUGAAAACCUACAAACCUAGCAACAAGUUUAGACAUAAAAUAAUGCUUACUGCAAAUUAGUGAAAGGCUUGCCAGAUAACACAAACAUGCUGACUUUUUAUAAGGAUAUAGAACAUAAUUAAGUACACACUACUAGAUAUUACCUAAAGGAGAUGGCAAACAUAAGUUUCUUAUUAUAAGGAAUAAAACAUGGUGGGGGCAUGGGGUAUAUUCAGUCACUUUCAGUAACCAUUUUCAGGGUCACGGUGGAUCCAGAGGCACCGGGGUGAGGCAGAAAUACACAUGGUGUGUGUUGUUAUAAGAAAAUAAUUUUGAUUCUGAUGUUUGAUGUGAACAUUAACCGAAGCCCUUGACCUGUAUUUGCGGUGCACUGACGCCACACGGUGGCCUUAUUAGAUAACUGCAUGAAUGUGCAAUUGUACAGCUGUUCCUAAUAAAGAGGCCAGUGAGUGUAUGAUGAUGUAUUAAAAUUACUAUAACGUGUGAUUUGUCUUGCAGCCAGAACUAGUGUGAGAGCUGCUGUUAUACAAAUUUAAUCAUCGUCUGACCAAACAGGUUCGAGAAUUCAACAGUGUAGUAGUAUAAAGAGAUUUAUACUUAUAUUUCUAAUUUCUGCUUUUAGAUGUACUCCAGUGUAAUUCAACCCAACAGGUAUUACAGCUCUUUAUCAUUGGGAAAAAUUAAAAAUCAAUUUGGGGACAAA